UCUGUUUUUCAUCUGGGUUCAUUUCAUUUAAACUCCUCACAUGUAACAAUAAUGACUUCCCAGUGGGCUGACAGCAGGAGGCAGAGUCACAUCCUGCAUCUAUUCCUGCACACGUAAUUGACUGACAGACGUCUGAGACUUUUAGUUUGAGCUUAGUUUUAGUUUGAGAACAUGAUUCCUAUCAGACACAGGUUCCUCACCUUGUUGCUUUCUGUUCUCUGGAUAAAAGGUCUAACUAAUGGCAGUGAUGUCACUCAGACUCCUCUUCUGUGGAUGUUCCAGGGUCAGUCUGCCACCAUGAGCUGCAGUCACACUAAAGAUGCAACUUACUUCCAGAUGUACUGGUACCAACAGCUGCCGGGACAGAACAUGAAGCUUAUAGUGUUUACAACAUCAUCUCCUCCACAUCAGUAUGAAAAAGGCUUCAGUGAGGAGAAAUUUCCAGCAGAGAAGAAGAAUGCUCAGACUGGAUCUCUGACAGUGGAGAAGCUGCAGCCUGAAGACAGUGGAGUGUAUUUCUGUGCACAAGUCAGUCCCUGCAGAGACAAAGAGGAUGAUAAAGACAUCAUGAUCAGAAACCUCAGCAGGAUCAUUCUGCUGCUGCUCUGCUUCUCCUAUCUUUCACAGAGCAAGGAGGUGAAUCAGGAUCCACCAGCAAUAUUAGGAAGUCCUCAGAGUCCUGCAACAAUCAACUGCAGCCAUUCAAUCAGUGGCUACUAUGUGAUUUUGUGGUACCAGAAGCGGAUUGGUGACUCUGCUCUUAAAUUAAUUGGUUAUAUAGCAAACACAAGCCCAACACUGGAGGAUCAAUUCAAAAAUAAUUUCAGUGUGAGUGGAGAUGGCUCAAAGAAAUCUCAGCUUCAUGUACAGAAACUCCAACCAGAAGACAGCAGCAUUUAUUACUGUGCAGCUAGUAGGCACAGUGACUCAGUUAGUGUCUCCCUGCUACAAAAACCAUCUCUGGUAAUCCAGCACAUGAACACACACUGAUGAGUAGCACAGCUGCAACAAAGUGCAUUAAACA